CUUCCGGACGCCGUGCUCUUGGCUCUCUUCUGAAGCCCAGUGAGUGCUGACGGUUCUGUGCCUCUGCUGAGAGCCGAGAAAAGAACUCGCGCAAGCUUGGAGGCCAAGCUAUGGAUGCAGUGACCUAUGAUGAUGUGCACAUAAACUUCACUCAGGAAGAAUGGGUCUUGUUGGAUCUUUCUCAAAAGAGGCUCUACAAAGAUGUUAUCCUGGAGACCUACAGGAACCUCGCUGCUAUAGGAUACAAAUGGGAAGAAUACAAUAUUGAAGAACAUUGUCAAAAUUCUAGAAUACAUGGAAGGUGAGUUUCAUGUGUAAACUGAAACUUAAAUGUGUAUAUGUGCCUCUGAAGAAAUUU